UUAAAAUCAACAUUCUCAGGUUCUCCCAUACUAGCACAGUUAUACGUUCAUAUAGAGUACAUUCAUACAAUCCUAUACAAGUAUAUUUUUAAAGUAGCACCCAAUUUAUCAUACAUCUUCUCUGAAUAAUCAUUCAUUUUCUCUAUUUUCCUAAUAAUGAAUCCAAAUUCUAAGAACAAAGCUGAUGAAAUAAUCCUAGAUCUUUCACCAGCAAUUCGCCUAUACAAAAGCGGCUACGUAGAACGACUACCAAUUCUAGAUCCACCUCCAGUCUCUCCAGGAUUCCAUCCCCAAACAGGCGUAAAUUCCAAAGACAUCAAAAUCUCCAUCAAUACAAACCUCAAAAUUCGAAUCUACAACCCUAAAAACCCACAAAUACUCAAUAAUCAACCCAAAUUACCACUCAUAUUAUACUUCCAUGGCGGCGGAUUUCUUCUAGAAAGCACGUUUUCAGCCAAAUAUCACAAUUACCUCAAUCGAUUAGCUUCGGAAGCCCGAUCAAUAAUUGUUUCAGUUGAGUACAGACGAGCACCAGAACACCGACUUCCUGCCGCUUAUAAUGAUUGUUGGGAUGCGUUAAAUUGGGCGAUCACUACAAACGAACCAUGGAUUAGAGAUUUUGUAGAUUAUUCUAGAAUAUUCUUGAUGGGAGAUAGUGCAGGAGGGAAUAUCGCUCAUCAAACAGCUAUUCGAAUCGGGAUUCACAAAAUGAGGUAUGAAAUUGACGGUAUUAUUUUGGUUCAUCCCUAUUUUUGGGGAAAAGAUCGGAUAGGUGAUGAGAAAAAUAAACGAAAUUAUUUUUCGAUUCGAGAUUUGCCGUAUAAAGUAUGGCAAUUUGCUAGACCAGGGAUUGAGAUUGGGGUGGAUCAUAAAUGGAUUAACCCAGAAAAUGAACCGAAUUUGGGGAGAUUAGGGUGUAAGCGAGUAUUGAUUUGUGUGGCGGAGGAGGAUGUAUUUCGAGAUAGAGGAUUGUAUUAUAAGAAGGUUCUAGAAGAAAGUGGAUGGGAAGGGGAUGUGGAGGUUUUUGAGUCUAAAGGAGAAGAUCAUGUUUAUUAUUUGAUGGAACCUUCUUCUUCUAAUUCUCUUGAGCUCAUGGCUAGAGUUGUUGCUUUUAUUAAUCCUUCAUUGUCUAAACUCUGAAUAUUUUGUAAAAUCCCAAAUAUUUGUAUCUAAAUAUUGUACUCUUGUUCUUUUUGUUUAGAAUAUUUUAUUUUGUAAAAUCUCAAAUAUAUAGAUGGUAAAAUGCAUUUAACGUGA